UUCGGGCCGGGGCUGGCUCUGCUCAGCAUGGGCUCGUCAUUUUAGCAUCCAAAUCUAGACCCGAUCAUGAGCCGGGACGGAGCGGAUUCGGGUGGUCCAGGCCUGACCCGGCCUGGUUCGAGCUCGUGAAUUUCAAUUUUCAAAUAUAGACCUGACAAUGAAUCGGGCCAGAGUGCUCAAGCUCCUGAUUCUAAUUUUCAAGUCUAGACCUCAUGAUGAGACGGGCCGUGGCUGAUUCAGGCCAGGCCUAACUCGAUCCUAAUUUAAUACUAAUUAUUUAGGCUCGGAGCCCACUUACUUAUGUAGCGGGCUGGCUCUAAAAACCAAUUCCAAGCCCGCACAUUUUGUUUGUAUUUAAACAGGCCUUGCAGAGCUGCCCCGGCCUAGCUGAGCUCGUGUGCACCUUCUUAAACCCUAGUCCCAUUCCUCGCAAAAACCCUACAUCCCCUCUCCUCUCCUCUCCUCUCCUCUCCUCCUCCCACCUCCCAUCCUCUCGUUCCCCGCAGCAACCGACGACGACCAUGGCGUUCUCCGCCGCCCUCCGCCGCGCCUCCACCUCCGCUCCUCUCCUUCGCCGUGCCCUCGGUGGAGGCCAUGGGACCUUCCACUCCUUCCUCCUCCGCUCCCUACCCUCGGUAUCGAGAACCGCUCCCUCCUCCCCAUUUGCCUCUCCUUUCUCCUCCUCCUCCUCAGCUGUCGCGAAGAAGCCCAGCUCUGACUCCACCCUCCUCCGCGUCAUCGACUCCGAGAUCAAGUGCGCCGAAGAGUGCGACGAUCACGAUCGGGUGGAGGAAAUCCCUGAGGGUUUCCCUUUUGAGGUCCAAGAUGAAAAGGGGCUGAACAUAAUCACCUUGAGGAGGAGCUAUCAGGGAGAGAGUAUCGAAGUCGUGGUGUCGAUGCCGAGCCUCGUGACCGGAGAAGAGCCGGAUCGCGAGAGAGAGGCCGAGAACGGUGAGGACGGGGAAGGAGCCGGCGAGGAGAACGAGCGCCCGAGCCAGUCAAGCAUCCCCCUCACAGUUAAUGUAACCAAAGGAGACGGCCUGAGCCUGGAGUUCACUUGUACGGCGUAUCCGGAUGAGAUCGUGAUCGAUAGCAUGUCCGUUAGGGAAAACAAGCAAUCCGACGAAGAGAUGCUCGCCUAUGAAGGGCCUGAUUUCAAUGAUCUGGAUGAGAAUCUGCAGAAAGCUUUUCACAAGUAUUUGGAGAUAAGAGGAAUCUCACCGAUGACUACCAACUUCUUGCAUGAAUACAUGAUCAACAAAGAUAGUCGUGAGUACCUCUUAUGGCUUAAGAACCUGAAGCAAUUCAUCCAGAAGUGAGAGAUUAUAGCAUAUUUACCUUUAUUCCCCAUUCAGUAACUUUUGAUGGUUCUUGUUGGAAGAGAGUACAACUUUAAACUGUACUAGUGUGGUUGGAACUAUACAUGUACUGGGAGAUGUUCGAUUGAUUAGAUGACAUGUUUGAACUCUCAAUGUCUAAAGAGUCAAUAAAAUCUUUUAUGUUAAGUUUUGAUGUAUGGAGCUUUUCUUUCACCUUGUAAAGCUUCUUUUAUGUUA